AUGCUUGUAUCGUCGGCCGUAACAUACUUCCCAGUCCUGGCAACGAGAGUACCACGGAUGCGGAUCCCGUUGUAUGUCUACCUCUUUGCUCGCUACUUUGGAACCGGUGUGAUCAUUGCGACAGGGUUCAUUCACUUGCGUCUUAGUCUACUCGACCCGUCGUACUAUGAGAUUGGUCAGAACACAUGUGUUGGAAUGACUGGUGCAUGGGCUCGGUAUUCAUGGCCGCCAGCAAUAGCACUGUCGACCGUCAUGUUGACGUUCUUGAUGGACUUCAUCGCAGAACGUUACGUUGGGAAGACAUACGGCGUCACUCAACAUGAAAGCGUGAACCCGUCGGAAAACCAACGUCGCACCGGCUCUGUCGAUGCUGCAAUGCUCCGUUAUGCAUUUUCACGGCGAAGAUCCUCCCAUGCCGAAAGGGCAGCAGAUCCCCAACAUGCGAUAAACCAGUCGCGCCAAUCCACGUGCGAAGGCAGUCCGGCUCAGAGCAAAGACGUUCAGUCGACUUCCCAACUUGACACACUCAACAUUGACGAAAUGAAAGAGCAUGCCGCCUCAUUGGCUUUCAAGCAACAGAUCGCCGCUUUUCUGAUUCUCGAGUUCGGCAUUCUAUUCCAUAGCGUCAUCAUCGGAUUGACUUUGGGGGCAUCAGGCUCUGAGUUCUCGGUCUUGUACCCCGUCAUCGUGUUCCACCAGUCCUUCGAAGGCCUCGGCAUAGGCGCACGAUUGUCUGCGAUUCCGUUUCCAAAGCGGCUGAGCUGGAUGCCUUGGUGGCUCUGUGCUGGGUAUGGUCUCACCACUCCUAUUGCCAUCGCGGCCGGUCUGGGAGUCCGAACAACAUACAAUGCCAACAGCUACCAAGCCAAUGUCGUCUCUGGGCUGCUGGAUUCGAUCUCUGCGGGCAUACUGAUAUACACGGGGUUGGUGGAACUGAUGGCUCGAGAUUUCCUGUUCAGCCCUGAUCGAACCAACAAUGACCGGCAAUUGGCUUUAAUGGUGGGCGCAAUGCUGCUGGGUGCCGGGAUCAUGGCUUUACUGGGCAAAUGGGCGUAG